CUUGAGACUGCUUCUGUUUAAAUUAUAGACCAAGUCAUAAUUCCAAUAUAGGCCUGCUUCAUUAUAUUUUAGGAUAAAAGCUUGUAAGACGAAAUGAACACUUGAUGACCACUGUAACAAUGAUUUCCUUAGAGAACAUUCUGCGAACAAGACAUACAUUCUACAUGGAUGAGCAUUUUAAGACCCAGAGAGCAGAAUUUAAUUAAGAAACUACAGCCUUCGGUUGUCCAUAUUGGAUCAAACAAUAUCCCCGUCUGCGUAGGUGGAACAUUUACUAUUUCAGAGCCCCAAUGGAGCCAGUUUCACCGUCCCACCGCGCUCCGUAGAGAGGGUAUACGACUCAAUGAUUGGGGCAAAACCACGCUGACCGAUAUAUCUUCCAACCUACACCGCUCAAGAGAUGGCUCUCUGUUCCAAUCGUAAAUGAAAAGGCGUGCCUGUCCAAAAUAUUCAACGUAUAGUUAAAAAAUGGGUGGGUACAUUUUAAACUCGUUUAGGUCCUCUAUGAAGGUAGGCUGCAGCGUGUGUUUAUUGAUGAGAUGAAAGAAGAUGGAAGUGAGAAAUGAAACAAAGUAAGGGAAAAUAUUAAAAAACUCGAAGCCUUGCCGGGGAAAAACCGGGGAAGCUGCAAAACGCUGUCGCCACUGGAGAACAAGCUUAGGACAGCAGCGAUAGUUCUGGAUUGGCUCACGAAGGCACUGCCAGGACAUCAAAUGUGAUCUGGGAUGUCAUUGCCAGGUGGGGAGGUUUCGGAGGCGUCCAGUUUAAAUUGAAAGGGUGGUAUUGAAGAGACCACUGUGGCCGUGUGGCAGAGCGACCUAUGAUAGUGGCAGCAGAGAGGACUGAAGGGACAGCCUAGGACUGGUCUUUCCAUAGCCACCUUCACCAGCAACCUGUAGCAGUGUGCCCUGUGCCUCAUCACCAGCCUCACACACAUCUUCCCAACAAAGAGUCAUCUGACUGUGACAUCUGUUGCAAGGGGAUGACCGAGCGCAUUCAUAACAUCAAUCUCCACAACUUCAGCAAUUCUGUACUUGAGACCCUCAAUGAGCAGCGCAACCGCGGGCACUUCUGUGACGUGACUGUUCGGAUCCAUGGAAGCAUGCUGCGAGCCCACCGCUGCGUGCUGGCCGCUGGGAGCCCCUUCUUUCAGGACAAGCUGCUCCUGGGCUACAGUGACAUUGAGAUCCCCUCGGUGGUCUCGGUGCAGUCCAUCCAGAAGCUGAUAGACUUCAUGUACAGCGGAGUCCUGCGGGUGUCCCAAUCAGAGGCUCUCCAGAUCCUCACUGCUGCCAGCAUCCUGCAGAUCAAGACGGUCAUCGAUGAGUGCACCCGCAUCGUGUCCCAGAAUGUGGGCCUGGCCGGUCCAGGGGGGUUCCCUGUCAACCCAGGGGACUCUGGGCAGGAGACGCCCCGGGGCACACCUGAGUCAGGCACCUCUGGGCCCAGCAGCGAUGCAGAGUCAGGGUACAUGCAGGCCACGUCCCAGCAGAGCCUUGAGCGUGCGUACACAUCGCUGUACUCCUACUCGGGCCUCUCACUGCAGAAUGGAACCCGUGAACGCUCCCACUACGUAACCAGUAUGACAACAAGCUACGACCCAGCCCUUAGCAUGCAGAAGGACCAGCACGACCAGGACCCGCCGUGGAUCACCCGCAUCCAUGAAAGGUCACAGCAGAUGGAACGCUUCCUAUCCACCCCUGAGACCACCCACUGCCGCAAGCAGCCCCGACCGGUACGCAUACAGACAGGAGGCAUUCACAUAAAGCAGGAGGCAGAGGAUGAGUACAGCUGCUAUGGUAUGGAUGAGUGCACAGAGGACACUGACCACGUUGAGGGUGUGGAGACUGAACCGAAGGGUGAAAGCUUUGACUCAGGGGUAAGCUCCUCCAUUGGUACUGAGCCAGACUCCGUGGACCAGCACCAGUACCCCGUGGGCUUUGGGAGGGAAGGAGGUGGAGAGGGGACCCCAGUGCAGAUUGAAGUCGAUGACUCCUCCCCAGAGCAGAUUCAUGAGACGGAGGAAGGGGGCACAUCCCACAGCACUAGCGACAGUAACAUGUUGCAGCCCCUGCCCAACCCAAUCAUGGCCCAGUCUCUGCCAAGUGCCCUACUCUAUAUGCGUCAGGUCGAAUCUCACACCAGCAAUCUGAGGAUGCCGCUCACCAUGACCAGCAACACCCAGGUAAUGGGCAUGGCUGGCAACUCCUACCUGCCCACUCUGUUUCCCACACAGUCGGCCAGCAACAACAAGCCCUUCCUCUUCAGCCUGCAGCAGCCCAUGGGAGGCCAGCAGCCCCAUUUUGUGUCUGGGCCUACCCCUAGUAUGCCCCCAUUCCCUCAGCAAUUGACGGUACAGCAACAGGCAGCGCGGGAACAGCAACAGGCGGCCUCGAUGGGGCAGGGGGAGAAGAAGCCCUAUGAGUGCACUCUCUGCACUAAAACCUUUACUGCUAAACAGAACUACGUCAAACACAUGUUUGUGCACACUGGUGAGAAACCACAUCAGUGCAGCAUCUGCUGGCGCUCGUUCUCCCUGAAGGAUUACCUAAUCAAACACAUGGUCACUCACACAGGGGUGCGUGCCUACCAGUGCAGCAUCUGCAACAAACGCUUCACCCAAAAGAGCUCCCUCAACGUCCACAUGCGGCUGCACCGUGGAGAGAAGUCCUAUGAGUGCUACAUCUGCAAGAAGAAGUUCUCUCACAAGACCCUGCUGGAGAGACACAUGGCUCUGCACAGCACAGGGGGCGCUGUCACAGGGCUGUCGGGGGCAGCAGGCGCCGGUGGUCCCGUCUCCAUCCCCAUGGCCGUGCCCGAACCUGGCGCCGGCGUGGUGGCCCUCGCCAUGCCCAUCGGCGGUGGCGCAGGAGUAGGGGGUGGGGUCGGACCAGGAGUGGGUGUGGCUGCGGAGGCAAGCUGCCAAGAAGGGACCACCUACGUGUGCUCCGUCUGCCCUGCCAAGUUCGACCAAAUUGAGCACUUCAAUGACCACAUGCGAAUGCAUGUCUCCGAUGGAUAAGUACAAAUAGAUACACUUCUUUAAAAAAUAUUAAAUGAAAAGAAAAAUGGCACUAGAUUUUUUUUUAUUUUGAGGCAUGAAGAAUAAUCAGUAUAGACACUGGCACAUUAAGUUUCCCAGAAAUGAGUUUUUUUUUGUUAUUCUAAAAGAAAAACAAGAUGGUGGCCUUAAGGCUUUGUAGUUUGAUAUUGAUCCACUGGAUGGAUCCUUACUACAGGCCUCUAAAUGUAUGCUUUCCUAAAAUACUGAUUUAUGUGUUGAACACUACCGAAAGGCCUAUGAAAGAAACACACACACAUACACAAAUUCAAACUCACACACCUAUAUACAGUAUAAAUAUAUCUUUGUAUGAGUGUAUGUGUUAAUCUGUGUAUGUGUGUACUUGUGCGUGUGUAUUUGUAUGUGUGCGUGUGUGUGCGUGUGCAAACAUUGCCAUGGAAUUUGGAACAUGGUAAAUGUAAUCCCAUAUUGACCGUUUUGGACACUAUUAGGAGUCCAAGCUUACUGUGGUAUAAUUUUCACAAAAAAAUAUAAAAAAUCUGGCUUGGGCUAAAGAUUCCCUCUGAAAAAUAUUGUUGGUCACAAGUUUGCCUUCUUAUGUAGGGUAAGAAAAGGAGAGUAAUUAAUUUGACACUGGGUUUUUAUUUAUUAUCAUUAAGGUAUUGAGGGAUUACAAUACAGCUGUUGUGAAGGUACAAAUUGAUAUUAAUAAUUGUACUGAAAUGUAACUUCCUGUGAGUGGGUAUAGAAAUGGGUAUUUAGUAUAUGUGUUAUUGUCCAUGCAUUUUGAUGGUUCAGGUUAAGUUUACAAAAUUAGGGUUGUUGAUAAGACAGUAUUUGAGCAAAAAUGUAAUAUUAUUAGGAGUUUAUUUCAUUUGCAUACACUGCCACUAAUAUCUUAGAAGACUGUUAAUGCUAUUAGACCUCUUCCAUUUACAACAUGUGACAUAGCAAAAGACUAAAGGUUCUUCUUGACAUAAUGAGGUUAUAAAUGAUUGUUUAGUUCUACAAAGAGGAUUUGACAUGUGCAGUUGUAGCAGGCUUGAUUGAGUAUGCUACCAGACUCAUCUUGACUGCUGCUUCGCAAUCUGCACCAGACUGUUAUCAGCUGUAGAUUACAACAUGAUUGGUCAAUAUUACUAUUAACGUUUAAAUUAAGAAACUAAAAUAUAUUAUUUGAUAAUGGAAUGGUUUACCAGGAUAGUAUAAGACAGCUGUCAGAUAGAUUACCGGUAAAUUGAGUGAUUCUGUGAACUUGCAUUGGACAAAAAUAUAAUUGUAUGACCUAAAUCUCUGUAUAUCCUGUUCCUAUGGACAUGACACAGCUAUUUGAGCAGGUGGAGAAACUAAAAUGCACUACUCCUGAAAUGUUAGCUCCACCUGGUGGCCCAAAUGGCAUGUCACGUUCGGACAUUUAAUACAGACACCGAGACAGACGGGGCAAAAGAAACCACAAUAACAUAUAAUCCCGGUCAAUAAUUACUUCAUAAUAUAACACAACUUGCAGAUGGACAUCCAAGACAAUAAGAUACAUUCCUGAUUUCACAGAUACCUAGACACAGUGUGUACAGAAUAGGUUUGGGAGUAAAGCAAGUGUCACGUCACUCAAAGGCUCUGCUCUGAUAUUUGGCUUACUGUUCAUGCAUUUUAUCCAAAAUAAGACACACACGUCUGCCUGCAACUGCAAUCUGAAGAUUUUGCUCAUUUCUUUGAGUAGACACCUUUUUAGUUACCAUGACGAGAUAGUAACUUACCAGAAUUACAGUACAGUCUGAAAACAAUAUGUUGUAGAUAAAAACAAAGUGCUGCUUUGCACAUUUUCUUCAAAUGCCUGUGCUUAAUAUUUUAUUGUUUUACUUAAUAAAUGAAAUUCUAUUA